AUGACGCCAUGCUCAUUGUCUUCUCUUCGUUCUGAAAAAGGAGCACAUUUGAAACUAGUCCUGAUAACAGUAUGUCUCUUGCCCUUGCAGAUGACUGACCCAGUGAAUGUCUCUGAGCCAUAUUCCAGCUUCGCUUCUGUAAGAGAAUUUAUACUCCUAGGUUUCUCUUGUGAGUGGAAGAUUCAGAUCCUUCUCUUCUCACUCUUCACUACAACAUAUACUUUGACGGUAACAGGGAAUGGGGCCAUUGUUUGUGCUAUUUGGUGUGAAGGGAGACUCCAUAGCCCCAUGUACAUGUUCCUGGGUAAUUUCUCCUUUCUAGAGAUCUGGUAUGUCUCUUCUACAGUCCCCAAUAUGUUGGCCAAUUUCCUCUCAGAAAAAAAGACCAUCUCCUUUACUGGAUGUUUCGUCCAAUUUUAUUUCUUUUUCUCUUUGGGAACUUCUGAAUGUUUGCUCUUGGCCAUCAUGGCCUUUGAUCGGUACCUUGCUAUCUGCCGUCCCUUGCACUACCCUAAUAUCAUGACUAGGCAUUUAUCUACCAAACUGGUCAUUAUCUGCUGGGUUUGUGGUUUUCUGUUGUUCCUGAUCCCCAUUGCAUUCAUCUCUCAGAUGCCCUUCUGUGGUCCAAACAUUAUUGACCAUGUUGUGUGUGACCCAGGGCCACUGUUUGCAUUGGCAUGUGCAUCUGCCCCAACAAUCCAACAGCUUUGCUAUAGUCUAAGCUCAUUAGUUAUCUUUGGUAACUUCCUUUUCAUCCUUGGGUCCUAUACACUUGUCCUGUUAGCUGUGUUGCGCAUGCCUUCAGCCCCCGGGAGACAUAAGGCCUUCUCUACCUGUGGUUCUCAUUUGGCUGUGGUAUCACUAUUCUAUGGCUCUCUGAUGGUCAUGUAUGUGAGCCCAGGACUUGGGCAUUCUGCAGGUAUACAGAAAGUUGCAACUUUGUUCUAUGCUAUGGUAACUCCACUCUUCAACCCGCUCAUCUAUAGCCUCCGGAAUAAGGAGAUAAAGGCAGCCCUGAGGAAAAUUCUAAUUCUAACAACAAUCAAUCAAAACAUUCAGAAAUACGCAAUUGCAUAA